AUGAAGAGGUUUGAAAAAACGCAGAUGAUGUCGUGUCAGGAGCUGAUAACAAUAGAAUCAGGAAGACUGAGGCCAAGGGAAACAAAAAGGGCUUUUCAAGAUAUAUUUGGAACAGGAAGAUGGAUACAGACGGCAGAAGGGCUCGCUCCCACAAAAGGCUGCAAGGAUAAGAAGAGUCACUCUGCCAUCAACGAGGUGAUGACCCAAGAAUACGCCAUCAGCAUCCACAGGUACAUCCAUGAAGUGGGUUCCCAGAAGCGUGUCCCACAGACAUUCAAAGAGAUCUGGACAUUUACCAUGAAGGAGAUGGGCACCCCUGAUGUGUGCAUUAACACCAAGCUCAACAAAGCUGUCUGGGCCAAACGAAUCAAGAAUGCCCCAUACCGAAUUCGUGCACAUUUGUCCAGAAAGUGUAAUGAGGAUGAAGAUUCACCAAGCAAACUUUAUACGUGGGUUACCUAUGUGCCCAUCACCGCUUUCAAAACUCUGUAG